UCUUUUGUAGCCUAAAAUAUCAACGUAAUURAGGCAACUUUAAAAGGGUUUAUUAGGCUACACAUGCUCCGACUAUGUAGUCCGUUUCACUCCCGCCCCAUUAUAUUACAGUGUAGCCAGCCAGCAACAGCAGAGACAGAAACCCCUGAAUCGUGGCAGAUUUGCCAAAAUUKAUGCGAUUCGGUAAAGGAAGGGUGGGAGACGUCUGGGCGGGGAGGAUCUCCCCAAGCGAAUAAUCUGGCAGCACUUGGAACGGUGCAUUUUUAUGAUCGGAUGAUCGUUAUGCCUACAUUUGAUUUCGUUACAAAUUAAUUUUCUCUCUUCCAUUUGGCUUCAUUUUUCUAUUGGGUUGCAGGCCUAUAAUGUAGUCUAUAGCCUUACUUGCUUGCGUCCAGUUCCAACCUUACUGCGCAAAACAGAUGCCAUAUUAGGGCAAGGGCAAGGCCUACUUCAGCUAAAUAAACUGAUUUUCCAGGAUUUAUGAAUAUCUAUUUUGCAAUAUUUGCCUUCAUGGCACCUGUUGUUAUUGUUAUGAUAACGGUAGGGGUAUCAUGUGUAAUUCAUCGAAGGAGGCACAGUCGGAUUGAACGCUCGCUUCAAUGAUGGACGCUCUGGAACAAACUAGAAUCGACUCACUGUGCACAUGCUGUUUAAUCCUCAACCUUCACGUGAAGGAGUAAAACCACGUGAUAGAUUUUAUUAUCACAAAUCUGAUUUUGAGGAUCACCAUCAGUCACAGACACCAUGGCACAGCCCACACCCCUGGAAACCUCCCUGGGAGCCCUCAUCAUGGCAUUCCACAAGCACACUGGCAGUGGAGCUGCUAAGACCCUCAGCAAGAAAGAGCUAACCAACCUCAUCAAAGAGGAGCUGCCCAACAUAACUGGGAAGGGUGGUCCUGACGUGGGUGAGCUGAUGACAAUGCUAGACCACGACGGUGAUGGCGCUGUGGACUCCAAGGAGUACAUCACCCUGAUUGAAUCCCUUGCCUGCAUGUGCGACUGCUUCCUGGAAGGGAAAAUGUAUCUUCUAUCUGCUUUCUACAGUGUAUUGCAUUAGGCCUGCAUGUCACAUGAAUAAUGUCUCAUAUCUCAUUGAGUAAAUUGGAUACACGGCUUCCUCGGUGUCCACACGCAUGCCCGUAUGCACACAUAGACGCAAAGAGUUGCAUAACUCUGCAACAAUUAUAAGACUGAUCCUCAAAUACAUGCACCCAGAUGGAUUCUCUUGUCAGAAAUUGGCUCAAUUGGUAGUGCAUGGCGCUUGCUACGCCAGGGUAGUGGGAUUGAUUCCUGGUACCAUCCGUACGUCAAAUAUAUGCAUGACUAAGUCGCUUUGGAUAAAAAGCGUCUGCUAAAUUACAUAUAUUAUUAUAUAUUAGGCUAUUACGAUCUAAGGAAUGCUGCUAAACAGAGCAUGUGAGAUAGUAAACAGGGUGUGUAGGCUAUGUGUAGGCGUAUGUAUUUACUGUGUUAUGCAUGUACAGUAAUUCAAUCAGUCUGUUUGGAAUUAUUGAUAUGUUUUGUCUUUACUGCUAAUAAAUGGGCAAAAGACCCAACCAAA